GCUUCACAUACAAGAGACCGAUACCUCUCAACCGCCAAUAGUUCCUUCACAUUCUACGAUCACACUUCUUGAUCUUUGAUCUGGUUUCUCUCUUUUCUAGAAACCUUAGAUCUAGUUUCAGCUGCACAGUGCUUUAAUGGCAGGUUUUGGAUCUUGGGUCUUACUUGCGAGGUUCAUUUUCAGGCUAUGCGUCCUCAUUUUUGUGCUGGAACAUGAAAUGUUUGCAGUGGCUGAUGGCGCUGGAUCAAAUGAGGAAGGAUCAGAAGAGUGCAGGACCGAUCUCUCAGUCUUGCUUCCUCCACCGUACAGUAACAUUUCCCAAUCCAAACUGAUCUGCAUGACCGUUUGGAAUACUUUUGUUCUGAGACAUUACCAGAGUGAAGAUGGCACUAUGACCAUUGUGUUAUCUGCUGUAUACACCACGGGAUGGGUUGGAAUUGGUUUCUCCAAGGAUGGGUUGAUGGUUGGCUCUAGUGCAAUGGUUGGAUGGUUCAACAGAAAAGGCCAACCAAAAAUCAUGCAGUACUACCUGCAAGGUACUGUUGCCUCUAAAGUUAUACCAGGCAAAGGUGAAUUGCCACUCAGUGGAGUUCCAGCAGCUGUUGCACUCCACUCCUCUAGAAUUUACGUGGCUUUUCAGCUGAAAUUGAGCAAACCUCUUGCCAGACAACCAGUCAUUUUGGCUUUUGGAACUGCAUAUCCGAAGCAUCACCGACUUACUCAUCAUGUCGAUAAAACAGCAAUCUAUGUCGACUUUGUAGCAGGUUCAACGUCACCAGGAGCAAAAUAUGUGAGGGAGAGAAAGAGAACCCAUGGGGCAUUGGCCCUAAUUGGAUGGGGUCUAAUCCUUCCCAUUGGGGCUAUAAUUGCCAGAUACUUCAGGCACAAGGAUCCCCAGUGGUAUUACAUUCAUACAAUGACACAGUUCAUUGGGUUUAUCAUCGGGCUAGCAGCUGUAGUAGUCGGACUGCAACUCUACAAUGAAGUUCAUCCUGACAUACCAAACCACAGAGGAAUUGGGAUUUUUGUUCUUGUGCUAACUAUUCUUCAGAUAUUGGCGUUCUUUUUGAGGCCGGACAAGGAUGCCAAGAUUCGAAGGUACUGGAAUUGGUACCACAGCUGGGUAGGAAGACUUACCCUCUUCUUUGGAGCAAUAAACAUUGUGCUGGGGACAGAAGCAGGGCAUGCAGGGAAUGAAUGGAAGAUAGGAUAUGGGUUUCUAGUCAGCUUGGUUAUAGCAGCAGUUAUCGUUCUAGAAGUCUUGUUUCGGAUGAAAAGAAGAAAUUCAACGAGACUUGACGUGCCUUCUGCCUUCCAGAUGAAUCCCAUUGAAGAAGCAUUGCCAAAUAAAGCUCAGAAGUGAGGCCGCCAUCACACAGAUAGGAAGUGAACUAUAGACCUACCCACAAGCCGAUGCCAAUUUUCUCCUGCAAGGAUGUCCCAAUAUGUUUCUGAAUGUGCGGGUGUUGCUCAUCAGAAAGCAUACCAUUUCAGCUUCAGCUUCCUCUUGCAAGCUCUUCAGGGUGUGCAAUCUGCUUCUCCUCUUUAGUGACUUCUUCUAGUAUCAGAAUAUGUAUGUAAAGUUUUGGUGCUUUUUUUUUUCUCGUGGUGCGGAGUGUGCAGGUAUUACAUUCAUUUUCUUACCUAUUUGAUUUUCGGAUGUGUUUGAGAACAGAUGCAUCGUCGUGAAAAAGGGAAAAAAGAAUAGGGUAUGAACGUAUGAGUUUUUCUGA